AUGACGCGGUUGCCGCGUGGAGCAUUCAUUCCUCCCGAGUGCAGCCCUCAUGGUCACGGCCUUUCUAUCUUUGGCUCUCCAUCCUCCGGAGGUUACUCGCCGCAUUAUGCGCCCGUAUGUUUGCCGUCUCCAGGCUCUCCGAACAUCCAAGAUUGCAAACACGACAUCCGGUACAUUCACAAAGAGGAGGUCCAUGAGAAGCUCGUUCCUCGGGAGAGGCGCCACAGCGUUGAGGUGCAAAGGCCCAAGCUGGUGCCGGGUGCGGUUGUUCACUCAGACUAUGCAGUUGAAGUCCCAACUCAGCAGCUGGUGGAGAAGCCCGAACUGCACUACAAAGACAUCACCUACGAGCGGCCUCGAGUAAGGGAACGGUUGGAGAAGGUCACCUAUGAUCAGCCUGUGGAAAUGCCCCAGGUUGUGAAGGUCCCAAAGGUUGUUGAGGACAGAAAGAUCUACACGGUUGAGGUUGUAGAAGAGGAAGAGAUAGUUGAGAUUCCCACGUACACAACUUUGGUGGAAGUUCCGCAUGUGCAGGUCGUGGAGAGGCCUGUGGAUGUUCCCAAAAUCUGCCCAACCUACAAAGAUGUGGAAGUGCCUCAGCUUCAGAUCAUCCAGCGCGAAGUCCAGGUGCCGAAGGUGCACCUGCAGGAGGUACCGAAGCCGGUGGAGGUGACAAGGGUCAAGUUCGCAGAGCGGGAUGUGGAGGUGCCGAAGUUUCAACUCGAACCGCGCAUGAUCGAGGUCCCCAAGUUCGAGUGGCAGGAGGAGCUACACACGGUUACCAAGUUUGACGUCCAGAAGGUUCAAAGGACAGUGGAAGUCCCUCAUGUCCGCAAGGUGAAGAAAUAUGUUGAAGUGCCGCAACCUCCGCAAGUCAUCCCAUUGAGUGAGAUUGUUCCAACACACACUCCCCAGCCUCAGUCUCAUACUGCCCCUAUGCCUUCCAUGGUGUCGCAAUGCGCUGUCCCAUACUGCAUGGUACCCUGCAUCCCUAUGCCGGUGCCUAUGUCUGCAGGGCAUUGCUGCUCCGACUGUCGGGGAGAUUGCUACCCAGUGCCGAUCAUUGGACAUCAUGAACGCCCUUGGCAUGGACAGUCAGGGCAGUGGCAUCAGACCAGUGGCUUCGUGACGAGUGAUGUGAAGGAUGAUGCAACCACACCUUCAACACGGGCACCUGGAUCACCAGUGUCGCGACUGUCGCGAUCCCAAUCAGCAAUGCUGGGACACUAUUCACCCAUGGUGCCACAUGGAGGGAGGAUCGUAGCAGCUUCACCAAGUCCAUCACCGAUGAGGUCCUUGUCGCCAAUGGUCCAGGCGCGUUCAGUGGCAGGGCAUUACUCGCCCAUGAUGCCGAGGCCAUUUCACCCUGGACUUCCGGGCCAUCAUUCGCCCAUGCCGGCGCCUCGUGUGGUGCCGCCGUUCUCCCAGUUCCCAACGGCCUCUACACCUCACCUGACAGGGCAAGGAAUUCCUCAACACGUUUCCACACGUGCAACGCUGCCAGCCGGUGUGAAUUGA